GUCGUUUAUGCAAGACAGAUCUCAAGUGGCAAGGGUAACAGAACGGGAAGGCGGUGGGAAAUCGCAUUCUACCUUUCUCGUUGCGUUCCUUCCUCCAGAUAGACGAUGACAAAACAGUGGCAAGACAAGGGUAUUAAACUGAUCAAAAUAGAUUUGCUCUUUUUCUGACAUUUGUCUAUAGUAUCGACUUGUUCUCUACAAAAUUUCAAAAAGAGAACAAAGGGGGGAAAAAGCAACAAAAAAUGGGAGACUCGGGGCAACUACACCAAGAUCAGGUGGACCAGCCUUCAACUGCUCCGAUCCCCAUCACGAUCGUGACAGGGUUCCUCGGGUCGGGCAAAACGACCCUGAUCCUGAACCUCGUCCCGCAGCUUCGCAAGACCAACCCGGAGUACAAGCUCGCCCUUCUCAAGAACGAGUUUGGCGACCUGGCCGUGGACUCGCAGCUGGCGUCGUCGGGCGCCGUGGCCGGCGUCCAGGAGCUGCUCAACGGCUGCAUCUGCUGCAACAUGGUCGGCCAGCUGAGCGACGCCCUGUCUGAGCUGCGCGCCUCGGUCCGCCCGCACCGCAUCGUCAUCGAGACGUCCGGCUCCGCCUUUCCCGCCACCCUGGCCCUCGAGGUGAACCGCCUGGCCCGCGAGACGCGCGGCGCCUACGUGCUUGACGGCGUCGUCAGCGUCGUCGACGUUGAGAACUGGAAGGGGUACGAGGACACGAGCUAUACGGCCAAGAUCCAGGCUCGCUACACGGACCUCGUCGUCUUCAACAAGUCAGAGCUCUGCAGCGAGCGUCGCUUCGACGAGUGUCUGGACCGCCUUGGUGAUCUCGAUGUCGACGUCGCAUGGGUCAAGAGCGACAAGGGGUGGGUUUCCAUGGACUUGGUAUUUGGUGUCGACGGCGGGCUGGCGCAGAGCUUGACCGAGGAUAUGGCCCGGAGUCAUGGGCACGGGCACGAUCAUGGUGGGGAUGGCCACGAGCAUGAUCAUCAGUCCGAGGUUGAGGUCCUUAGUAUUGCGCUCAAGAGCGCAGGAUCCAGUCCAUCCGUAAACCCCGAGAGUCUGCAGAAACUGCUCACGGCUGCACCAAAGGAUGAAGUCUACCGCAUCAAGGCUGUGAUGUCGGCCUCGUCUGCGUCUCCUGUGUGGCGCGGCUCUGAUGCGGAUGCGGCCCCGGAAGCCCCGAGUGGGACGGCGGACAAGCCACAGAGGUACAUCCUCAACUGGGCUUUUGGCAGGUGGACAUUUACUCCCGUAACGGAGGGCACAUCCGAGCACGAGUCCAGCAGCGGCGUUGCGCUGCGUAUGACCAUGAUUCUAGCCCGUUAUGAGAGCACCAAGUGGAAGAAGAAGCUCGAGGCGGGAGGAUUUAUAGAACUAGAGGGAGAAGAUAAUGGGGAGCUCACAAUCACAAAGAUCGCAUAGACGAAUCAUGUAGAGAUGGAGAGAUGGAGAGAUGGAGAGAAGGUGAGAUGAAGCUACGAACGAGCAUUGAUGAUUGAUUGCAUGAAAUUAUAAAUGGCUGGACAAAGGAAAAUUAUAUAGAACGGUAAAACGAAUGCCACUUUCCUUCCCGUUACAAUUACAAAAAAAAAAAUACACAUGUGCAAUACAUCAAUCAUGCCGGUUUCAGAAGGGGCGGUCGGUGUAGGUAGGGGUGUAUCAGAAGAAAGCAGGCUCUGGUGACCUGAAGAAGCG